UAGUGUCAGUUCUGUGUCGUGAAAAUCGCUAAGUGCCGUGGGCAUUGCUGAGCACUGCUAGAGUGCUGCCCAGGGUGAUCUAUUUUACACACCGGUGUAAAAAGACUUUUAAAACAGAAAAGAUCGAAAACUUAGCGUCGGUUUCACGUCAUCGCGUCCAUUUUGUGUGCCACGUAUUAACAAGAUGGCCGCCGAAGCUCAAAUUGCUCUUCAAAUGCAACGCAUCGACACGAUGCGCAAUAUGUCCAACCGCUUGACUGACGCUGUACUCGCUACCCAAGGUGCUGCCGCCAUUGACGCUGAACUCGCUAUCCUGACGGAGUUGUGGAACCGCUUCAAUUCGACUCACGAGAGGCUAUACGAAGACGUACCUGAGAUCAUUACCAACGAAUAUCAUACAGGUAACGCUUAUGAAACCGCUAACGUUGCUUAUACCUCUCUUAGAGUGAGACUCAGCGCUGCUAGACCCGCUCCAGAACCUGCUCAUGAAGUUCAGCCCGCUAAUCACGAUCAGACCGCUUACUUUGGUGGAGUGCAUAAAUCUAACCUGCCACAAAUCAAGCUGCCAACUUUCCAAGGGUCGUAUGACGAGUGGGACUCGUUCAAGGACUUGUUCACGUCUCUCGUCAUUAAUGAAGAUUCGCUAACUGGGUCUCAGAAGAUGCAUUACCUGAAGACGCAGGUAAAAGGUGAGGCCGCUGCAUUACUCGCUAAUCUCCAGAUCACAGAUGACGCUUUCCAACCCGCUUGGGAGUUGCUGAAUACUCGCUACACAAAUCCACGUCGAUUGCUCGAUAUGCAUAUCGAUGAUUUGCUGGAUCGCCAACCGCUAACUUCACACUCUGCUGCUGAUUUGGACGCACUGUUACUCGCUAACAAAAAAUCGCUGGACGCUAUCGCUGCAUUGGGAAUUCCAAUUGGUGAGUUGGACCCCUUUUUAAUUCGUUUGACUGUUCGCUGCUUGCCUUCAGAUCUGAGGGUGGAAUGGAUGGCUUCGCUUGGGUUAUCCAAUGAGUUUCCCACUUACCAACAGCUGCACGAUAUGCUCAAGGCCAAGGUUCGUGCGUGGGAAAACUCAGAGAUUGGCGCUAAAAUAACCUCAACGCAAGUUAAGAGUACCAGUGAGAGACCACUAUCACCAAAGUCUUACGCUAAGUCAGCCGCUACAACCAAACAAGUUAAGUUUGGGAGCAGUAAAUCCGCUACUCCUGCUAGAUCAACGCCAUCUACAUCCACCGGUUCCGCUAGCUACGUCGCUUUCACUCCCAAGGAGCGUACGAGUGAACCGGGCAUGUGCCCAAUCUGCAGGGAGAAGCACUUCGUUCUAUUUUGCCCCAGCUACCAGAAGGCGUCGCCACUGAACCGAAGGACGAUUGUUCAGCAUUACCGCUUAUGCUUUAACUGUUUGGGACGCCAUCGCUACGCUGACUGCAGGACUAAGCAGAAGUGCCGCCAUUGUGAUCAGCCACAUCACACGUCGACUCAUCUUGACGAUGGUGCUGCCGCUAAACCAGCACAGGACGCUCCUGUAGCUGACCCAGCUCAUUCGCUCAAUGUUUUACUCGCUACCGCUAUUGUUAAGUUGAAUUCGCUAACAGGAAGUACAUGUACAGCCCGUGUACUUAUUGAUCAAGGAUCGGAGUUAUCCUUUGUGACGCAUUCGCUAAUCAAGAAGCUGGAUAUUCAACUCAGUAAAGCAGCUGUACCAUUACGUGGAAUUGGUAAUGUGUCAGCUGGGCAUUCGCUUGGGUCAUGCAAGAUGACGCUGCAUUCGCUACACAACAACGCUUCUAUUACCAUCCAAGCUCAUGUGCUUGCUCUAUUGACGGUAAACUUACCGUCAUUUACGCUAACUAAGAAGAAGAAAUGGCCGCAUAUAACUGGGCUACAACUCGCUGAUCCAGACUUCUUGACAUCAAGACCUAUUGACAUCAUUCUGGGUGCAGCACCAGCUGCACAUAUAAUCAACGCUAAAAUACGAAAAGGAAGUGAAAAUGACCCAAUCGCUCAGUCAACAUCACUUGGUUGGAUCAUAUAUGGAUCUGUGGACACCGCUACAUCAAAAUUGACCGCUCAUGGUCAUCAUGUCGCUGUUGAUGAUCAACUACAAGACUUGUUAACCAAGUUUUGGUACCAAGAAGAGCCACAGACAGAAUUCGCUACACGCUAUACUGAAGAAGAAGAAGAGUGUGAACAACACUUUGUCAAUACACACUACAGACAGUCUGAUGGUCGAUAUGUCGUUCGCUUGCCGCUUAAAUCUUCGCCAAGUCAACUGGGUGAUUCGCUCAGAGCUGCACAAUACGCUUUACUACGUCUUCGCAAACGACUGGAAGCUGAUCCAGUCUACAAGAAGUUGUACUUCGACUUCCUGAAGGAGUAUGAAGACUUGGGGCACAUGAAACGUCUGAAAUUAAAGGAAUUACCACCGAACAGCUAUCUGUUGCCUCAUCAUGGGAAUUGUUUGGCAUUGAGUGAUAGUUUGAUGCAAAAUCUUCUUAUUUUCAGUAUUUUAGCAUGA